AUGGACGCUAUACUUGGCAAUGGAGACAAUCCUCCCCUCCACCCCCCGUCGGUGAAAAAAAGAAAGCCGAGACCCAAACUCUCCUGUGUUCCUUGCCGUCGGAAAAAGUUGAAAUGUAAUCGCAUUCACCCGUGUGACAACUGCAUCAAACACCGCCGGGCUGAGAUGUGCCACUUUGUGGGUCCUCGGGGGGUCUCGCCCGGGGAUUCUCAUGACAUCCAGUACUAUAUUCACAAACUUGAGGCCCGUGUGCAGCAGUUGUCGAAUGGGAACCCCUUGCUUCAGGCACAGCAACCACCACAACCACCACCACAACAGCUCCCUGCAGACAUUGCUUGGACCUCAGGCCUGCUGCCAGCAGAUCCCCAGUCCCUGACUCAUACAGCGGAACCUAUUUGCGAACCACAGGCAGAGUUCCCAGGCACUAUCUUAAUUGAAAAAGAUGGUACAAACUACCAUAAUCCAACGCAUUGGCAAGCUGUGCUGGACGAGAUUGCCGAGGUCAAGGAGUUCCUUCAGAUGCACGAGAAUACUUCUCUCGAGGAGGUGGAAGAGGAGGAUGUAGUCCCGGCUGUUUCGGGCCCUGUACUGCUAUUCGGAAACUCCAUUUCCUCAACUAUCUCGGAGCUCCUCGCCGCUUUGCCUGUUCGAUCCAUGGCAGACAGGUUGAUAUCGGCCUAUUUGAAUUCGAAGGAGUCUCCUCUGGUGCUUAUACAUACUCCAACAUUCACCCGAGAGUAUACUGCUUUCUGGAAGAACCCUCAGAGCGCAUCCAUUAGUUGGCUAGCCUAUCUCUACACCAUCCUCAGUGCGGCCGCUGGACUGCAUCUGUUCACCACGGCUGGCAGGGCGGAGGGUCAUUUUGCAGAAGCAUUCGAUGAGUAUUUCCGCUUGGCGUCGCAAUGUCUCACCAUGGCGGAGUAUACGAGACCGGGACGAUACAAAUUGGAGACUCUCAUCUUGAGUAUAUGUUGUGAGAUUCUCAGAAGCACCGACACCCACGUCGGGCCAUCUGUCCUGCUGGGGGUGGCCACUCGCUUGGCUAUUCAUAGCGGCUACCAUCGCGAUCCUAAACAUUAUCGCGAGAUCUCGGUGUUUGACGGCGAAAUGCGACGUCGGGUUUGGAUGUAUCUCUGUCUCCUAGACCACUACAUCUCGUGUCAGGCUGGCCUUCCCCCCACCACCGCGCAGGCGCAAUCCGAUACCCUGGAGCCGAGAAAUCUAACAGAUGACGAUCUGGACCCUGCGGCCACUACCUUACCUGCUUCCAGGCCUUCGACCGAGAAAACUCUGAUUCUUUUCCCGGUCGCUCUCAAUCGGGUGAUGUUUGCGGGAGCCGACAUUGCCCGCAAAGUUUGCUCGGUCAAAGGAGUUCCCUACCAGGAGGUGCUUGAGCUGGAUGCAAAGCUGCGAGGCCUACACGCCAACAUCCCACCACCUCUGCGGUUUCGCUCGCCGAGCGAGUCUAUCGCAGACCCCCCCACUACGAUUAUGGACCGAUAUAAUAUUGAUCUCAUGUAUCAGAAGGCUCGCUCAGACCUUCAUCGGCGAUAUCUUACCCAGCAUCGUCUAAAUCCUAAGUACGCAUAUUCGCGCCGGGAGUGCUUGGAUGCGGCCAGAAGGGUCCUGCAACAUCAGUCCGAUAUUUUCAACGAGAGUUCACCGGGUGGGCAAUUAAACUAUGCCUCCUUCUUCUUCUCGUCAUGUGUGAUUAUGCAUUUUCGCACAGCGGCAAUGAUUGUCUCACUAGAGAUCUCCUGUCAAUCGAGACAUGACCUCCAGCAGAGCCUGUCACCCAAUGCAAGGCAGGCCAUAUUGGUAGAACGACAGGAACUUUCCCAUGAGCUCGAGCGAUCCUACAACAUUUGGAACUGCCUUCGCCAUCAAUCCAAGGAGGCAUUAAAAACUGCAGAAGCCUUGCGGAUCAUGCUGAAUGUGGCCAACACCCACCUACAACACGGCGCAACACCUGGCACGGAUGCACCUUCGUUGGCCCCCGUGGAUUAUGGAGUGACCAACGCCUUUGCUGAACUCGACCUCAUGCCUCCUCACUUCUCUUCGCCACCGAGCCAGAGUCAGAGUCCUCAGGGUACCCCAUUCGAUGUCGACCUGAUGGACGCCACGUUCUAUUUGGGACAGAAUGUCGGGGUUCAACAUGCUCAAUUCAAUCCUCCUACCGACGCUGCGGAUUUCUUCGACCGCUACUGGGACAAUUUGAUGCUUCUAGGUGAUGACCAAUCUUUUGGGGAGAUACCGACUGAUCCGAACACUGGUUUUGGGUCGAGUCAAUUCUAA